UCUUAUUCCUUGGCACGUCUGGCUGUUCUUUAUUCACAUGAGACGUUUAAAGGGAAAGGUGGCUCUUUUCAAAAAGCUUCCCCUCUUGCUCAGGAAUUAGCAAAACUUCUCAUUGUCUUUCAUCCAAUCUCUGAGCCUGCCUCUCCGAGUAUUCAUUCCAACUUUUGUGCUACACGCAUUCUGUGAAUCAAUGUGAAUGCUCAGACCGCUGCUAAAAAGUCCGUUCCCUCAAUGGCGAGGAGCAACCCAAUUCAGCCACUACACCCUCUUCUGUCUCCUCCUCUCUUCAUCAUGAGCAUCCUACUCGUUUCAGCCGCCGUGCAGGCGGCCUCAUCGAUCAAGACUGACGCCGGAGCGCUCAUCGCGUUCAAGAACAUGAUCCAGAAGGACCCGAAUGGUGCCUUGUCGAGUUGGCAGCUCAACAAAGACCCGUGCACAUGGUAUGGUGUCACCUGCUCUUCUAGUACUCCUGGAAGACCGACUCAGCUCGAUCUCAGCGGGAGCGACCUUGUCGGCUUGGUCUCUUUGGACCCUUUUCGGUCUCUCGACACAUUGUCCGUUCUGAAAUUGUCCUCAAACUCCCUCGUAAUCAACUCAACUUCGUUGCUACAGCUCCCGUAUGGCCUUAGACAGCUUGACCUGUCCUUUGCAGGUGUCCUAGGCCCUGUCCCUGAGGGCCUCUUCUCUGUGUGCCCCGACCUCGUGGAUGUGAACCUCUCUUUCAACAACCUGACAGGUUCAUUGCCUGAGAAUUUCCUCUCCGGUGCUGAUAAGCUUCGGAAUCUCGAUCUCUCGUAUAAUGGUCUAUCCGGGUCGGCCUCAGGUUUGAGGAUCGAGAGGCAUUCAUGCAGCUCUUUACUUCAGCUCGAUCUGUCCGGAAACCAUCUCACGAGUUCGAUCCCCUUUUCCUUAUCGAAUUGCACUAAUCUCCAAACUUUGAACUUGGGAUCAAACCUGUUUACCGGGGAAAUUCCAAAAUCCUUUGGCCAACUAAGGAACUUGCAAAGGAUGGAUCUUUCGCACAACAACCUCAGCGGCUGGAUCCCUUCCGAGUUGGGGAGUGCUUGCAAGUCACUACUGGAGCUUACGCUUUCUUACAACAACAUCUCCGGCCCGAUCCCGGCCUCAUUCUCAUUGUGCACGUGGUUGCAGACUCUCGACUUGUCCAACAACAUCAUCUCAGGGCCUUUUCCGGAGUCGAUUCUUCAGAACAUGACGGCCCUGGAGAGCCUCCUGUUGAGUAAAAAUGUCAUCUCGGGGCCGUUUCCCAUUACAAUCUCGUACUGCAAGAAGCUGAGGGUGAUAGAUUUGAGCUCCAACGAGUUCUCCGGCAUCAUCCCACCGGAUUUAUGUCCUGCAGCUGCAUCGCUUGAAGAGUUGAGAGUUCCAGAUAAUCUCAUCAAUGGGAAAAUCCCGCCCGAACUGUCAAAGUGUUCUCAGCUCAAGAAGAUUGACUUCAGCCUGAACAAUUUUGUCGGUCCAAUUCCAGCAGAACUCGGUAGGCUUCAGAAUUUGGAACAGCUCAUUGCUUGGUUUAAUGGCCUUAAUGGGACAAUUCCACCGGAGCUUGGAAACUGCAAGAAUCUGAAGAAUCUGAUCCUCAAUAACAACCGCCUAAGCGGCAGUAUCCCUAUCGAUUUAUUUAAGUGCAGUAAUUUGGAAUGGGUAUCGCUCACGAGCAAUGAACUCACUGGCGAAAUCCCUCGAGAGUUCGGCAUUUUGUCGAGGUUGGCCGUCCUGCAGCUUGGACACAACCGUUUCAGUGGUGAGAUACCUUCUGAAUUAGCAAAUUGUACCAGCAUGGUUUGGUUAGACUUGAACAGCAACAAACUCACUGGACAGAUUCCAGCCAGGCUCGGCAGGCAGAUCGGGGCCAAAUCAUUGAACGGAAUUCUCUCGGGAAAUACUCUUGUCUUUGUAAGGAAUGUUGGUAAUUCGUGCAGCGGCAUUGGCGGUUUGCUAGAAUUUGCAGGGAUUAGGCCCGAAAAGCUAUUGCAGGUCCCGACAUUGAAGAGCUGCGAUUUCACGAGAAUGUACUCCGGUCCGAUCCUCAGUCUCUUCACCAGGUACCAGACGCUGGAGUAUCUAGACCUCUCCUACAAUGAGCUGCACGGGAAAAUUCCUGACGAAAUGGGUCAAAUGAUAGCACUGCAGGUCCUUGAUAUAUCCCAUAAUCAGCUCUCGGGUGAGAUUCCCUCGUCGCUUGGCAACCUCAAGGACCUAGGUGUGUUUGACGCGUCGCACAACAGAUUGCAGGGUCAGAUUCCCGAUUCCUUCUCGAACUUGUCUUUCCUGGUGCAGAUAGAUCUUUCAAACAAUGACUUGACGGGGCAGAUUCCGCAGAGAGGGCAGCUUAGCACGCUUCCUGCGAGUCAGUAUGCGAACAAUCCAGGACUUUGUGGGGUUCCAUUGCCUGAAUGCAAGAACUACCAACCGGCAACGAAUCCGAAUUCGGGCGAUAUCGGAGGAAGACAAAAGCAUGAAGCCGUGAUGUGGGCUAACAACGUGGUCCUUGGGAUAUUAGUCUCCAUUGCCUUCGCGGGCAUUUUGAUCGUGUGGGCCGUGGUGAUGCGCAUAAGGCAAAGAGAGGCCGAGGGGAUCAAGAUGCUCAGUGCCCUGCAAGCAUCGCACGCCGCCACGACCUGGAAGAUCGAGAGGGAAAAAGACCCCCUGAGCAUCAAUGUCGCCACAUUCCAGAGGCAACUGAGGAAGCUCAAGUUCUCCCAACUGAUAGAGGCCACCGACCACUUCUCUUCCUCAACCCUGAUUGGCUCGGGUGGGUUCGGCGAAGUCUUCAAGGCAACACUCAAGGACGGGUCCCAUGUCGCGAUCAAGAAGCUCGUGAGGCUCAGCUGCCAGGGCGACCGUGAGUUCAUGGCCGAAAUGGAGACUCUAGGGAAGAUCAAGCACCGGAACCUCGUGCCGCUGCUGGGCUAUUGCAAGGUCGGCGAGGAGAGGCUCUUGGUCUACGAGUUUAUGGAGUUCGGGAGCCUCGAGGAGGUGCUCCACGGAAGGACUCGAGAGCGUCAGGACCGGCAGAGACUAACUUGGGCCGAAAGGAAGAAGAUCGCCAGGGGCGCGGCAAAGGGGCUCUGCUUUCUGCACCAUAACUGCAUCCCCCACAUAAUACACCGCGACCUGAAGUCGAGCAACGUGCUAUUGGACCGCGACAUGGAGGCUCGGAUCUCGGACUUCGGGAUGGCGAGGCUCAUAAGCGCGCUCGACACGCACCUGAGCGUCAGCACACUGGCGGGCACACCGGGCUACGUGCCGCCCGAGUACUACCAGAGCUUCCGGUGCACGGCCAAGGGGGAUGUGUACUCGCUCGGGGUGGUGCUCCUAGAGCUCCUGGCGGGGAGGCGGCCCACGGACAAGGACGACUUCGGUGACACCAAUUUGGUGGGGUGGGUGAGGAUGAAGGUGAGGGAAGGGAAGCAGAAGGAGGUGAUCGACCCCGAGUUGGUGGCGGCGGCUGCGAGAGGGAGCGGGGACGAGGCGGCGGAAGCGGAGGAGGUGAAGGAGAUGGUGAGGUACAUGGAGAUAUCUAUGCAGUGCGUGGAGGAGUUCCCUUCCAGGAGGCCAAACAUGUUGCAGGUUGUGGCCAUGCUCAGAGAGCUCAGCCCCGGAUCUGCUGCUGGAAGCAGCAGCAGCAGUUGAUUCCACACUCGUUUUGAGUAUGAUCAAUUGCAAGAAGAAGCAAAAAAACAAAGAAAAUUCGUGAAUUUGUAUCGAUUUGAUGAUUCGUGAUCCCUGUAUCUAGCUGCUACUUGGAAAGUUUUGGCUCAACAAAGAAUGCAUACUGUUU